AUGGCCCAUUUUCAGGCUUCUGCCAUAGUCAGCAACGCCUUGUUUGCUAGCAUCGUCGCCCUCGCCGGCGGCUUUGUCUAUUGGUACAUGGCCACCACAGAGGAGCAGCGUGCCGCACAGCGCGAACAGCUCAAGGACAAGGUCUCGAAUGCUGCACAGCAGGUUUCCGAUGUCACGGAUGAUGCUCUCAAGGAAGCAGAAAAGCUCGGUGAACAGGCCAAAGAAAAAGCGUCCCAUGCUGCUGAGGACGCCCAGGUGAGGCUGAACAAGGCUUCUGAAAAGGUUCAAAAGAAGGCGGGGGAGAUGGCGGACCAGGCCCGCGAUCUCGCCGCCGAGGGUCUUGACAGGACUGCAACAGCCAUCAAGUCAGGUGCAGACAAGGUCGCCGAUGCCGCUGACAAGUUGGGUGACAAAGUUGAGGAAGGCGUCGAGGCCUCCAGAAAGAACAUCAAGAAGGCUAAAGAAAACGUCAAGGGUACUGCCGAUGAUGCCCAUGGCAACAUCAAAGAGGGCGCUAAGAACGCCGAAAAGACUGCCAAAAACGCAAAGGACAACGUCAAAGAGACCGCCAAGGAGACCGCCGAGAAUGUCAAAGAGGGAGCCGAAGACGUUGCCGAUGAUGUGAAGGACGGUGCCAAGAAGGUCAAGAAGGAUGUGGAGGAUACAACUGAUGAUGUGAAGCGCGGCGCUAAGAAGACCAAGGAGGACGUCAAGGACACGGCCAAGGAUGUCAAGAAGGGUGCUGAGGAUACCAGCAAGGAUGCUAAGCACGCCGCCAAGGACGCCAAGGAGAACGCUAAAGAUGGAGCCAAGAGCGCGAAGAAGAACGUCGAGGGUGGCGCAAAGCGCACGAAAGACUCUGCCAAGGACAAGACCGAUGAUCUUCCGGAUGAGUUCGAGGAUACUGUCGAUGAUUUCGAGGAUGCCCGUGCGCACGCCAAGGACGGAGCCAAGAAGGCAGCAAAGGAUAGCAAGCACACAGCCAAGAACAACCAGACCCAUACCAGCAACCUGAAGACGCAUUCCAACCGCGGUGUCCAUGCUGAACACAAGGACGAUUCGUCGAUCCCUGUUCCACACGCUGACUCGGGUCACCGCAACAAGUCCUCCCAGGCGAUGGACAAGAUGAGCCCGGACGAGCACCAUGUCAUCGGUAAUGAUUUGGAGAUCCAAUAA